AUGACAGAGGAGGUAUGGGUGGGCAAUUGGAGGCCCCAUCGCCCCCGGGGGCCCAUCAUGGCCCUCUACAGCAGUCCUGGACCCAAGUACCUGAUUCCACCCACCACGGGCUUUGUGAAGCACACACCCACCAAACUUCGAGCACCAGCCUACAGCUUCCGUGGGGCCCCCAUGCUCUUGGCGGAGAAUUGCUCCCCAGGGCCCCGCUACAGUGUGAACCCCAAGAUACUGAGGACUGGCAAGGACCUUGGCCCCGCCUACUCCAUCCUGGGGCGCUACCAUACCAAGACCAUGCUGACCCCUGGCCCGGGCGAUUACUUUCCAGAGAAAUCUACCAAGCAUGUGUUCGACUCAGCACCCAGCCAUUCCAUCUCUGCCCGGACCAAGACCUUCCGAGUAGACAGUACCCCAGGCCCUGCUGCAUACAUGUUGCCUGUGGUGAUGGGGCCGCACACGGUGGGCAAGGUCUCCCAGCCCUCCUUCUCCAUCAAGGGCCGCAGCAAGCUGGGCAGCUUCAGCGAUGACCUGCACAAGACUCCAGGUCCUGCAGCAUACCGUCAGACUGAUGUCCAAGUGACCAAGUUCAAGGCUCCACAGUACACCAUGGCUGCCCGGGUGGAGCCGCCAGGGGAUAAGACCCUGAAGCCAGGACCAGGAGCCCACAGCCCUGAGAAGGUGUACUUGAACAAGCCUUGUGCCCCCAUAGUCACCUUUGGCAUCAAGCAUUCUGACUACAUGACCCCUCUGGUUGUUGAUGUGGAAUAG